AUGAAUGAUAAUGUACCUUACAAUUACCAGCCUAAUCCAAUCAAUCAAGCUGAUGUAGUUGGGUACGAUUUACAAGGAAAUCGAAGAAUUCGCGUUCGUGUGCCAAAACGCCAAAGAAAUAUUUUUGAUCAAUCUCUAUCAACGACAGCUGAUGCAAAAAUCCCAACUAGAAUCAUAGAAACAGAUACGUCCAUCGCAAUAGAAGUUCCUAAAUAUCACCCACCUCAAAAAGAACGUGAAAUUCCACAACCUUCACAAUCUCAACCUUAUUCAUACACUACUCAAUCCCAAAACACCACUACAGAAACAAAAAACAAUAUCACACCAGAGGGCUCAUACGUUAACAGUUAUUCUACAUUUUCAACAGAUGUAACUUUAAUCACGAACACAGUUCCACCAGAGCAAUCUACAGGAACAUACUCGACAAUGAUGGAAAGACCAAAUGGUCCUACACGUGUCAGAGUCAAAGUAAGGAAGAAUAAAGACGGAUCUAGGACAGUUAUUGGUCCUGCACCUCAGAGAGAGCCAAAUUCAGCAUUUAACAGCUUAGAUCCACAAUACAGAGAUAGAGAAUUACCACCACGUGCUCAAAAUGACAGAAUUGUUGAAGAAAUCAACGGAGAAAAAUUAAAAGCCAUAGAUUCACAAGAAGUUAAAACAUUAGACCUUAAAGUUAAUCAUGCAGUUCCAUAUCAGCAUGUUGGAGUAUUUAAUGCCGUUUCUGGCAAGAAAAUUACGAAUCCUGGACCAAUUCCAGAAAAUUAUCGCGCAGAUAUACCUUACAACUCAAGAUUUAUUGGAAAUAAUGAUACUACAACCAUGGAUUCCAAUACAACUCUCGAAUCUCAAACAAUUGAAACUCAGGAAUCUACAAAUCUUUCUGUAGUGUCAAGAGACCUACCAACGUACUGGCAAUCCGAGAAAGAUAUAGAUGAAGACUUUAUUAAGCUCGAAAUCGGUCAUGGAACUUAUGAAUAUCUUAAUGAUGAAAUGAUUCGCGGAAUCAAUGAAGAAAAAGAGCUGCAAAGGAUCCAGGAUGAAGAGAAUGAAAAGAUGAGACUCAGAGAACUGGAAAUUGAAAAACGGGAAAUCGCAAAAAGACAACAAGAUUGGGAACAGCAAGAAAUUAACGAAAGAGAAGGAACUCCAUGGAUGGAUCUAUUCAAUAAUAAGAAAUGGAUGUUUAUACCAAGAAACAGAAGAAUGCAUCAAGUUCCAAUCACUAAUGUCGAAGAUGACGUAAUUAAUACAGAUGUUUCUUACGAUUCUGGCAAUUUGACUGCAUACGGUAUUUAUAUGCCAGAUAAUACUCCUUCCUGUCAAAUACCAGUUAAUAAUGAACCAAAAGAAGAAAAUAUUAAACCUCAAGAAGUUUUGAAGCCAUUAUACGGUGAAAUAUCAUCAAAUGAAUACUCAACAACUCAAACUAGUAGUACACGCUCUGAAUAUCUUGACUUAUCUAACUUAAAUAAGGUUAGCCAGAUAAUUCCACUGAAAAAACAAUCAGAAUCAGUUAGAAAACCAUCAGAAGCACAACCCCAGCCGCAACCACAGCCACAACCACAACAAAAGCAAUCAACAGAAUCAUUCAGAAGUAGAAAUCAGCAACCUCUUGAAACAGUCACUACAACUAGUGACGAAGAGGAAGAAAAAGUUGUUGUAAUUGAAGAGGAAGAGGAGGAAGAAGAUUUCCCUGAAGAAGAAGGUGAAGAGGAAGAAAAAAUUAUUAUUAUAGAAGAGGAAGAAGAGGCGAAUGAAUAA